AUGUCAUACUUUAGAAAGUUUGCGAAAGUUGUCUUGAACAAGUUAGACUUUUUUGGGGGGAUAGUUAGCAUCUUUGACUUGAAGGAGACUUUCAACAGUUAUGAUUUCUCAUCAAAAUACUACAAAAUAGUUGAGGCUCUUUGUGUCUGUGUUGACCUUAGAAGAAGAGGAGGUCGGUUGCAAUACAUGGACGAGAAUUCUACUGUAAGAAGAUCAAGAUACUAUAGUUUCACACUCAAACGCUCAAAUGUAACCUCCCAUGGUAUUCCAAGAUGUACCAAUAAAAACUAUUCAAAAGACAUGGCUUCAUUACAGUGCGAGUAUCGUUUGUCCGAUAAAGAUCUUGCUGUUGACUUGAAACUUCAACAUAUCAUUCACUAG